GGUCAAGCCGAUGCCGUCACCUUGACCGGAACGACGUUUUUACGGAGACCCUUCUUUCACAGAAGGCGUGCUGCAGGGCGCGUCGAUUCACUCUUACUGAAGCGGUCAUUUUUUUUAUGCACCGGUAGGACGCAGAACAGGGUUUUCCGAUAACUGAUAUCUAAACAGAAAACCCCCAGUCACGAUGAAAAACUUCUGGCUCAUUCUAGCGGCGCUGGUUGCCGGAUGCCACGUGGCAAGUGGCCAGCAGCUGCCCUUCUGGGACUCCAACACCUACGUGGACCAGAUGAUCCUGUCGAGGUUGCCGGCUCACAGGGAGGACAUCGACCCCUUGGUGGAGCCGCCGUUCGCUGUUCACAAUAGCCACGACAAGCGGUACGGCCCGGUGCGUUUCGAAGAAUCGAACGUCACCGGCCUCAGCCGGAUCUCGAGGUUGCAGCGCGGAGACCAGUGCGCCAGCGUCACCGACGACUUUCCGGACAGUGCCAACGUCACGUGUCACGUCAUUUUCGAGGCAGUCACGGUCUACCUGAACAGCCUUCUGACCCGCUCUGACGACAUUGCGAUGGACAUCAAAGCCAACGUGACAUUUCGGAAGGUGCUCGCUCGACUGGACGUGCAUUUUGCUCCGUGGUACGACCCCGUGGUGAAUCUCACCGUCGGCGCCACCUUCAGUGACCUCCGUUCGACUUUCGAAGGGCUCGCCGAGACGCCCGAAACGCAGAAACUUAUCUGGGGCUACGAAAAAGCGGCGAAAGACAUUGUCGCGCGGGCCAUUACCGUGGACGUAGCGAAUGCGUUGACUAAAGCCGCGUCAGAACUGGUAUUUCCUUGCUGCCACAGCAGGUGACACGGCACGAUGAGAGAAGAU